AUUAAUCCAUGAAUUUAUAAUUAUCCCAUUUGAUCUUAUCUUCUUAAAUGCAAAUUAGCCAUAAAAUCAAAUUGAUAUAAAAGGAUUCAUUUCAAAAACUAAAAAAAAAGAAGUUAGAAAGUGAUCAUCGAACUCACCUUCAAUCAACAAAUAAAAUCCCAAUUUUUUAAAGCUUCAACAAGUUCUUCAAUGGCGGACUGCUCUCUCCCUCAAGACUCUAUCUUUCUGGGAUUUGACAGUUCUACUCAGUCUUUUAAGGCUACAGUAUUGGAUUCAAACUUUAAUAUUGUUGCGGCGGAGCUGGUUCAUUUCGAUUCUGAGUUACCCCAUUAUAAGACCAAGGAUGGAGUUUAUCGUGAUUCUUCUGUUAAUGGCCGGAUUGUAUCUCCCACCUUAAUGUGGGUGGAGGCUUUUGAUAUGAUGCUUCAAAAAUUGUCGAAAAAGAUUGAUUUUGGAAAGGUUGCUGCAGUGUCCGGAAGUGGACAGCAGCAUGGCAGUGUGUAUUGGAAGUAUGGAGGUUCAUCUAUAUUGUCAUCUUUGGAUCCUAAGAAACAGUUGGUAGAACAAUUUACGGAAGCUUUCUCCAUUAAAGAAUCACCAAUAUGGAUGGAUAGUUGUACCACUGAACAAUGCAAGAAAAUAGAGGAGGCUGUGGGAGGGGCAUUGGAAUUAUCUUGUCUCACAGGUUCUCGUGCUCAUGAACGAUUUACAGGCCCUCAAAUUCGGAGAAUAUAUGAAACACAACCUGAAGUAUAUAAACAAACUGAGCGAAUAUCACUUGUGAGCUCUUUUAUGGCCUCUCUUCUUACAGGAAGCUAUGCUUGCAUUGAUGAAACAGAUGGUGCUGGAAUGAACUUAUUGGAUAUCAAGCAGAGAGCAUGGUCUAAGAAGGCUUUAGAUGCUACUGCACCUAAUUUGGAGGAAAAGCUUGGAAAGCCAGCUCCUGCAUAUGCUGUUGCUGGUUUUAUUGCUCCAUAUUUCGUGGAGAGGUAUAGCUUCAGCAAGAAUUGCUUGGUUAUCCAGUGGUCUGGAGACAAUCCAAACAGCCUUGCAGGUUUGACCCUCAACUCUCCUGGCGAUCUUGCGAUUAGUCUUGGGACUAGUGACACAGUAUUUGGCAUAACUGAUGAGCCACAACCUCGUUUAGAAGGUCAUGUUUUCCCUAAUCCAGUUGAUACAAAAGGUUAUAUGGUAAUGCUCUGCUACAAAAAUGGGUCAUUGACUCGUGAAGAUAUCCGCAAUCAGUUUGCAGAGAAAUCAUGGGAUAUGUUCAACAAUUAUAUGCAUCAAACACCUCCACUUAAUGGUGGGAAGAUAGGUUUCUACUACAAAGAGCAUGAAAUUCUCCCCCCCUUACCAGUUGGUGUCCACCGAUACAUACUAAAAAAUUUCACGGGAAAUACUGUUGAUGACGUGGUUGAAUCGGAAGUUAAAGAGUUCGAUGCCGCUUCUGAGGUUCGAGCUCUGAUAGAGGGCCAGUUUCUCUCAAUGCGAGCUCACGUUGAAAGAUUCGGGAUGUGUUUCCCUCCAAGACGGUUAAUCGCUACUGGUGGAGCAUCAGCCAAUGAGUGCAUUCUUGGCUCCUUAGCUUCUAUAUUUGGCUGUGAUAUCUACACUGUUGAAAGACCAGAUUCAGCAUCAUUGGGUGGUGCUCUGAGAGCUGCCCAUGGCUGGCUCUGCAAUGCAAAGGGCAGUUUUGUUCCCUUCGAGUGCAUGUACAAAGACAAGUUCGAAAAGACAUCGUUAAAUUGUAAGCUUUCUGUUAAGGCUGGAGACCCAACUUUGGUCUCUAACUAUGCAGUUAUGAUGCAAAAAAGAAUGGAGAUAGAGAAUCGCCUGGUCGAGAAGCUGGGUCGUUGGUAAAGCAAGACUCGAGAGUAGGAAAGCGCAUAGGAAGGCUUUAUUUAAGGCAUUAGAAGAUAUGAAUAGCAGCGUUCGUCUUUCUAUAUGAAAUCCAAUAUAAAAAAAACGUUACUUUUCUUUUCAUUUUUCGUUAUUACUGUAGAAUAAAAGCUGAUGUACAUAAACAAAUGAAGAUGGAUGCGAGACAGUAUUCUGUUUUCCAGAAUAGGGAAGAAAGACCAAUUUUCCA